GGAGGGAGCGAGGAGGGGGGUAGAGAGUCGAGAGGGGAGCUGAAGGCAACGUUCAAGAGAAGUCUUCACUCGAAAGCUCACAGUUUUUUUUUUGUGGGGGGGGGGAGGGCACGUUUCCAGGCAAAAGCUUAUCGCAGCGCUUUGGGACGUCCUCCCGACGUGAAAGGCGCUCCAUAAAUGUCAUUUUGUGGUUGUUGUUGUUGUUGUCUUUCGCCCUGCGACCGAGCGCUGCGGGGGCUGUGUCACUCCGAUCAAGUGUGUUUCAGCUUAACUCCACGUGGUGGUGUUUUUCAGCUUUGUCGGUAAUCUGGAAGACUGAGUAAUAAAAAGGAAUGCCACCACUAUAGCAGCUGAUCAGUGCCCAGCUUCUCACAGUGAUCAGAACAUGACAGAAAGAGAUAGAAGAGAUGGGUCCUUAUGUAACCGCAUUUACAUGGAUUACAAUGCCACCACGCCUCUGGACCCCGAGGUAAUCCAGGCGGUUACAGAAGCCAUGCAUGAAGCAUGGGGAAACCCCAGUAGCUCAUAUACUCCCGGGAAGAAAGCAAAAGAGUUGAUAAACUGGUCACGAGAUAAUAUUGCGCAGCUGGUUGGAGGUCGAUCAGAAGAUAUCAUAUUUACCUCUGGAGGAACUGAGGCAAACAAUAUAGUCUUUUACACUGCGAUCAAGCACUUCUGGGACAGCCACCACAAGGCAGGGAUGAACAGUGCUGCAGGAGGGCACGAUGGGAAUUCUCGAGUCUUCCCUCACAUCAUUACGUCAAAUGUGGAGCACGACUCGGUGAGCCUGACUGCGGACAAUCUGGUCAAGGAGGGAAAAGCACAAGCUACAUUUUUGCCAGUUUCAAAAGUAACUGGUUGCAUUGAGGUGGAUGAUGUUAUUGCCGCUGUUAGGCCCACCACUUGCCUUAUAUCUGUUAUGCUCGCUAACAAUGAGACUGGAAUCUUGAUGCCGGUUGCUGAGAUUAGUCAGCAGGUGAAGACCCUAAAUCAGAACAGAGACUCCGAACUGCCCAGAAUCCUGCUGCACACGGACGCAGCCCAGGCCAUUGGGAAGGUGCGGGUUGAUGUACACGACCUUGGCGUGGAUUACCUCACCAUUGUAGGGCACAAGUUCUAUGGCCCACGGAUUGGAGCGCUGUACGUAAAACGACCAGGCACUAGCUCACCCUUGCACCCUAUGUUCUUUGGAGGAGGCCAGGAAAGAAAUUUCCGUCCAGGUACAGAGAACACGCCAAUGAUUGCAGGACUUGGGAAGGCUGCUGAGCUGGUUGUCAGGAAACUUGAGGAAUAUUCAAGUCAUAUGCGGGAAGUGAAGGAUUAUCUAGAAGAGAAACUUCUGGCUACAUUUGGAAAAGAGAAACUUAAUUUCAACAGUCACUUCAAAGGCUCAGACAGGCUACCAAACACUUGCAACGUAUCCAUCCUGGGACCAAAUCUGAAAGGCCAAAAGGUGUUACUGAACUGUCAAAGACUUCUGGCAAGUGUGGGAGCUGCAUGCCAUUCUGAUCAAGGUGACAGGCCUUCACGUAUCUUACUGACCUGCGGCAUUCCUCAUGCGGUAGCAAUCAACGCACUUCGGAUAAGUGUCGGACGUACAACAUCAAAAGCAGAUGUAGACAUCGUUGUUGAAGACCUGAAGCAAGCGGUUAAUGAACUGGAGGGGUUCACUGCUCAGGCUGGGCAGUAGGACAGUCUCCAAAAUGUUUUGCGGUGAGAUUGAUCACUGCCAAGAGAAAUUCAUAGAUGCACAAAGGAAGAAAAAGGACUCGCUGACAACAUUUAAAAGGAGUUUUGCAGGCAGCCCAGUGACACAAUACAUAGAACCAUAGAAAUUUACAGCACAAAAGGAGGCCAUUCAGCCUUCACAGAUUAAUGUGCUGGCAUUAGGGGGUCACUGAGUGGUGAAUUCCCAUGGGAUGAGCUACAUCAACUCUGUUAGACUGUUAGGUUGCAGUUGGUCGGUAUUUUCCCCUGAAAAUAGGAAAGAGACUGGAAUAACAUUUCACCAUGCCCAGCUCGUCAGUAUCUUGGAAAAAGGUCUGGAAGUAGGUCGGCUGCCCACCCUUUCAGGAGAGGCGAUUAUAGGUCUCCAGCAAGGGCCCGAAACAAAGCGGACUGCAAUUAUUUGCAAAAAAAAACUUUCAUGUUACUUGCAGGUGUUUCCUUGUUGUUUUGGGGGGAAUCACUCCAGUCUUUUUUCCGAGCUUGAUUUAAACCUAAAAUAGUGACUUGCAGCCCGCUAGGGCGAGUCGCUGACCGCCUCCACCAGUCUUAAUAAUCAACCCUCGGUUCCCAGUGAAAUGCAGUGAAAUGUUACCUACUGUAAACAGAAACACUCCCUUCAGCCUCGCAAGAAGCAGUGACUUCCCAGAUGCAAUCUGAUUAGUCAAUGACUAACUGUUGGAUACAUAUGGAGACUUUGCUGGAUUCCAUUAUUCUAUCCACACAUUUAAUUUAAUCUGCCACCUUGUAUCUCCCAUCUGGGUUUCUCUUAUUUAUCAGCAAUUGAUCCCUUUGAUUUGACACCAGACAGUAAUUCUCAGGUUUCUACUGUUCUACAUUUAAACCAACUUGCUUGUGGAUAUAUUGGGUUUUUACUCUUGCACACAAUAGAUGCCACACAAUCAUCUGCCCUCCAGGAUUUAAGCAAUCCUACUGAAUUAAGUUUUUUUAAAAGUUCCUUAUUGCCUUUUAUUCAGGUUGUUUUUGUUUAACUCUAUACCUCCUAAUAUAAAGGGAAGAACAUUCAUGGAACUCUCUUAGAAAUAGCUAUUUUGUUUGCUAGCUGUAAAAUGUGUCUCUUAAAUGCCCAUGUUCACUCGUACAUAUAUUCUUUUUGAAUGACUCUGCCCGGAUGCACUCAACCCUGUUGCCAUUCAAAUAAAUGGACCAAAUAAGACCAGCAAAGUAAAUUUAGCAUUCAAUGUUGAUUUGUUUUUGGAUUAUAUAUUCACUGACCCAUUUCAGCACAGCAAAAACAACUUUCAUUUUUCAUUUAUAUAGCACCUUUUACAUAAAGCCUAACAGAAAAUAAACUGUUCAUAGAGUUAUCUAAUGCUCCUGCAUUUGAUACAGAAAAACUACAUCAUGGGCUGGUUGUGACUGUGGUGUCGAUCUUUGGUGUGUGUAAGCCACAGCUGUCUGAAAACUAUUGCAACCAAUCAAAGGUAAUUAUUUUUGAUGCCUCUCAAAUGGACAGAAAGUCUGAGGAAGAGGGAAUCGGGUAAGUGAAAGUGGAUUUUGAAAAAAUUAAAUGAAAACAAAAUAA